AUGCCACCGCAGGAAGAAUGGUAUAAGGUAAAUGUGGAUGGGGCGGUCUUUAAAGAGUUAGGCUGUUGUGGAAUUGGGAUAGUUAUUAGAAAUGAAAGGGGUGAGUUAAUGGGUGCGAUGAGUAGGAAAUUGGGCAUCCCGCUAGGAGCUUUGGAGGUGGAAGCAAAGGCCUUUGAAGAAGGUUUGCAAUUUGCUGAGGACCUUGGACUGAAGCAAGUUGUGCUGGAAGGAGACGCGAAAGGUGUGACAGAUGCGCUAAUGGGUAGUAGCUCCCCCCCUAUCUCUAUUCAGAUGAUCAUUGAAGGUAUUAAGAGGCAGAAGUAUAACGCCCUGGUGUGGAAAGUAAACCAUGUAAGCAGAAUAUACGACAUGGCUGCUCACUUAUUAGCUAGAAAUGCUCAGUUUGUUUCUGACAGUGUUGUUUGGGUUGAGGAAACCCCUCCUUUUAUUGAACUUCAAGUUUCAAAAGAUGUAUUUGGCUUGGACUUUUGUCCAGUUUAA